UGCGACAAUACUCAUGACUGAGCAGUGUAUGCAUUGAGCGGCGCGUUACGCUGAAUGAACGUUCGGACCAAUGAGGGGUCCUGUAAUAAGUUGCCGACGCUCUUGAAGAAUGCUUCGUACUUCUCCCAUAGGAUGAGGGCCAGGAAGGAAGUUCGCGUUUGCGCGGCAACUUAACCAAAAAGCAAGGUAGAAGAUUCGCUCACGCCAAGGCUACAAGUACGACGUUUCUGAUCCACGAUAAGAAGCUGACGCACGCCUAAGUGUCCUGCAGCGCAAACGUAACCUCUGUAACGAUGGCACUGAUACCCCCACCGCAACUCAUGGGGAUGGACGUCGAAGGAGGCAUGGGAAUGGACAUGGGCGGUGACAUGAUGAUGGAUGCUGAUCUCUACCAAGAGCCCGAGCCUCCUGCCCGGCCUUGGUUUUCGACGACCGCCAUAUUGUUUCUGUGUGGCAUCUUCUUGAUUACACUGUGUGGAAUAGUUGGCACCGUCGUCUUUCUCUCUGUCCUCAAAACACGUGCUCAAGGUCCCUCCGAAGCUCCAGAGCCCACGACUUUGAAGUCGGAUGACGAGGCAGCUAGGAUCGUAGCCUUGUUUGAGAACAUAAGAAAGCCCCCAGGGAAGCUAAGUUACUUGGCCCCCGGCGUGUCCGGAGCACUGGACGUGUCCGCGUGACGCAGAAAGGCAUCAAAUCGUGACCAGUACUUGGCCCAGUCUGCUGCCUCUAUGCCGCGGGGUCCGCAAUGAAGAUAAACCAGCGUCCUUCAAGACUGCCCGAAAUCCAGGGUCAACCACCAAAAAAGUUCCUUGAAGCAGCUUCUUUCCAUCUCUGGGGCGCGUUGACAAACUUUAUAUAAUAAAGUGUAAUUUACGA